AUGGGCAAUAGUCAAAAUCCAAAGAAAUAAAUAAUCAAAAAUGAUAUGUAGCCCUAACCCACAUAACAGAUAUCCAAAAACUAAGAGAAACCUAUAAAACAAAAAUAAAAAGAAGAGAAUGAUCUUGAGGCAGAAUUUCUUAAAUUUUUGGCUAUUGGGGAUAGAAAAAACAAAUGGAAAACCUACUUCAAGAUAAAUAAAAUCACAUCUAUGGCAGACUUGUUAUCUUCAUAUCAAAUGAGUGAAACAACAAGAACUGGUAGAAGACUUAAUGAAGCUGAAAAAUAAAUUCUAAAUAACUAUCUAUUACGAUAAUCCAAAGAAGAGGAUAUAAUAAUCAAUUAUAAAUCGAUCCAUGAUCUAAAAUUUUUAAAAUAUAUUGAAUCCUUUGAUUAGUUUAAGGAAAUCUCUCUUACUAAUAUGAAAAUCAGAAAUAUUCUAAUAGUGGGAAUAACUGGAUAAGGAAAAUCUACAUUUAUUAAUAGUUUUGUGACUGCAAUUGAGAGAGAGUUCAAGCCUAGAGUAAAGGGAAAGGAAUUGAAUUUGGAUUAUUUUGUAAUAAUAAAGGUGAAAGAUCAUUAAGCAUAAUCUGACACUAACGAAGUUACAUCAUAUAAAUUUAUUAUUGAUAACCAUCUUAUCAUAAAUCUGAUAGAUACACCAGGGCUAGCCGAUACUGAAGGUCUAUAAAAAGAUUAAGAAAGAAUUACAUAAAUAUCUAAAUAUAUCGAAGAUCAAAUAUAUAAGAAAAAUCAAAAUCUGCAUGCAAUUUUAUUUGUAUCUUAGUCGUCAACUUAAUAUGAAGUAAUCGAUGGUAAUCCAUCCCUUUUACAAUUAUCAAUGUUAAGUAUUCUCAAAUUAUUUGGAAAGGAAAUGUGUGCAUUUACAAAACAUUGUCUUACCUUUUCAGAUUUUACUGCAACUAGUACUUAAAAUUUUGAGAGUCGAGAUUCUAUAUUCUAUUCAGUUAAGGAAUAAUAAAUACUUAUAAAUUCGAGAAAGCCCGAUUAAUAAGAGCACCUUUAGGAAACCUUUAACGAAGCUUAAUUUAAGGCUAUAAAUUAACCCUUUAAUACUGAGGCAGAAAACAAUGAGGCAGAAAAUAAGAUCUAAGAAGAGUUUUAUUUUUAAUUCUAAAAUUCUGUAUUUAGAGCAAUUAAACAUGGAUUUAUUGAAAACAUCCAUUUCUAAAAAAAUCUUGGAAAUUAUCAAAAGCUAUUUGAUUUCAUCAAAAAUGAAGCGAAUGAUGGAUUUAAGUUAGUUGCCACAGUCUAAGUUAUUUAAUAAAGGACUCAAAUCAGGACUGAAUUAGGAGGGCUGUAACAUACGCUAUUGCAAUUAAUUAAAGUUCUAAAGUCUGUGGAUGAAAAUACUCGUAAGUUGUAAAUCUACAGAAAUAAAAUAGAGGAUUCAAAGAUGUUUGAAUCCGUUAUAUUUUUAAUUGAAUGGAAGAAAGAAUUUAUUUUUAAAAAUAAAAAGAAAGCCUUUUCAACUAAUUGUAAUAAAUGUAAUAAGACUUGUUGCAAAGCAUGUGAUAGCAAAAUAUUAGAUCAUUGCAUAGAGAUGAUUGAAAAAAAUGUGAAGGGUGUGAAAUAAAUUAUUUGUUCAAGAUGCAAUCAUGAAAUAGAAUUUCAUACUUAAUAAGAAUAUUUUUGGAAACCUGAAGAAGUACAAAAAAUCAUUAUUGACGAAAGUUUAAAGUAGGAAAAUGAUAAUGCUUAAAAAAAUUCUUCAAAAAUUAAAUAGUUGCUUGAAGAGUAAGAGAUUACAAGAAAUAAUACUAAAGAGAACAUUAAGGAUGUUAUGAUAAAAAUGAAAGAGUGUUUACAAGGUUUAUUAUCAUCUGCACUUUACAGACUUGACAUUCUCGACGUUGAGGCGUAUGAUUUUGUUCUUAAGUUUUACCCUGAUUAUAGAAAGGCAUUAGAGGAAUUUGAAGAUAUGGAUGAUUUAAAAGUUACUACACAAAUUAGAGAAAAAAUAAAAAAAGAUAAAUUAAUGGCAUCUAAAACACUUCUCAGCGUUGAAACUCAACAGUUUAAUUUAAAAUAGUUCAAAAGAAACUGA